AUGUAUCUAUUUAUUAUUAUCAUUUUAUUAUUAUCGUUUAUAACAACAUUAAUUGUUGAAUGCACUGUUCGAAAUAAAGAGUGUAAAACUAGUACUAAAUAUCAGAAUAAUAAACAAAAACAAAUACUGAAAGAAGGAUCGGAAUCUGAAUUUGAGAAAAUGGAAUUAGAUGAUCAAUUAUCAACAGUUGAAUUAUAUGCACCUUGUGUAACUGGAGGCUGUAAUGAUUUAAAUGCUACAGAUGAAGCUCGAAUCCGACACGAUACAAAUGCAUAUAUACCAAAGCUUGAAAUUCAGAAAAAAAGGAUUGUGAAUGAAACACUUGUUGAUGAAAUCAAACAGAUGAUUGCUGAUCUACCAAAACAUCCAGCACCUCAAACCAAGGCUGAUAAUACCAAAAUUACUGUAGAUACAAGACGAGAAAAAUGGAAAAAGUGAGACUGUCCCGAUUUUCAUGAAUAAUGUUGUUUUUUUUCAGUGAACAUGUUUCUUGGCACAAAACUGGGAUUGUAUUUUUGGUUCGAAGCAGCGAUGCUUGUAGAUCAAAUGAUGCAGGUUGCGUUGACACUGUAGAUUUGUUGGAAGAGACUCCAGAAGCACAAAAAACUGACAAACAAAACUCCGAAAUGACAGCAUCUACAAAGAAGGGACCAACACCAAGAAGAGGGAAAUCUGAUCGGGGAGAUUUGCGAGCAAAGGAAAAAGAAACACAAACUGAUUCUGCUGCAAUGUCCAAGAAAAUUGGGGCUGUAAAAACUCCGAGAGAAAAAAGAAAUUCGAUUCGAUUUCAAUAA